AUGUUAAGCGAUCCGGUUGAAAUAGUCCUGCCAGCGGAAAGUGCAGCCACAGGUGGAUGGGAACUGGGCGGUUUUCAGGAAAAUCCCAUGGACAUGGCCAAGGAAAAUCCCCGCGGAAAGGGCAGAUUGUGCAUGAUAUUUCGCUUGGGAAAGCAUCCGAGUUGCGAGUUCGCCAAUGGACUUCCUCCUGUGGGUUCUGCCACAAUCUUAUAUGAAAACAGUCGGGAAAGAAUGAUCUAA